UAGAUCGGUAGAGAACCUCUAAGUAACCAGUAGUAACCAGCACCGGAAUUCCCUGAUCCGAAGAUGAUACCACACAACGGCACCAGGCAGAGGUGGUGGUGUAGCCAGGCGGCGAUCAUCUCCCUCCUUCUUCUAAUCAACGCACUCUGCGACGCAACAGCAGCCCUCGAGCAGCCGUUCGCACUGCUGGACUGUCCACCGGAAUGUAUGUGCGAACGAAUCCCGGAGGAAACGCAACAUGCACCAGUGGAAUCAACGAGCAAUGAACAGAGCUUCCCGGAAGUUGGUUCAGAUGAAGAGGGGGGCAAUAUGGCGGUCCAUGCUCUUUGCAUGGUUGCCCAAGGAUCCACAUUUAUGAAGAUCGAGGAUUUGCUAUCCUUGGACACAACCGUGCUGAAGAUCAUCUACACCUCACUAACGGAAAGCUACCAGUUGAAUGCUUCGAACCUGGUCCGGUUCGUCCAUCUACGAGAACUGCGCCUCCAAUCGGUGAAACCACACAUGCUAAGCUUCGACAUUGAUGUCACGCUUCCGGUCGAAAGGCUUCAUUUGGAGUCGCUGGAUCUGUUGAAGAGCGAAAUGCCCAACGUUAUCGGUCGAACUGUACCCACGUUGGCGGACCUAGGAUUGGCGCCAUCGGGCACUGCCGGCGAUGAGCAAGGCGCUAGCACAUACGAGAUCAUCGACCAUAGUAUGGAGCUCGUGGCCAACGCGGAAACCGAUGAAAGCUCCAAUGCUCUUAUCGAAACAUUCGAACUCGAGAUCGUUCCGUACGAGGUAUACAAGCGAGAUCUGGCCAGCACCAACAACAUAUCGUUCUACGGCUGGACCAACCUCACCAGCCUGUCCAUACACGAUUGCAAACUUGAAUCGCUGCAUCCCGACUUCCUGUACGGACUCGAGAAGCUCCAACGGCUUUCGCUCCAGCACAACCACCUGAAGGUGCUGCCAGCAUUCGCCUUCUACGGUGCUCCGAAUAUCCGCAUCCUAUCGCUCGCCAACAACACACUACUGGAGAUCAGCUACUACUCGUUGGCCGGGCUGCUCGAGCUCCAGGUGCUGGAUCUUUCAGCGAACAACAUUUCCAAAGUAUCGGAACUUACCUUUCCGCCAUUUCCGCGGCUGGCGAAGCUGGAUCUGCGCCAGAAUCCAAUCGAUUACGUCUUCGAUAACUCCUUCGUGAUUGCCAACAUGACCCGCUCGCUGUUCAUCGGUAGUGACACGGUCGGAUUGAAGGUGGCCGCUAGAAAACCCUUCCAAGGGCUCGCUCAGAUGGAGCUGCUCGAGAUUCGGAAUUUACACCAACCAACUUUGACUCAAUAUCUGUUUCGUGGAUUGAGCGCGCUUCGGACACUGCGAUUGCUGGAAGGAAACAUUUCCUUCAUCGAGUACGAUAGCUUUGCAGAGAUGAAAAACCUCACCGAACUUUCUGCCGCUCACUGCGCGAUCGAGGCCAUCUCGAUGGAUGCCUUCUUUGGCGUCAAACGGUUGCGCACGAUCGAUAUUUCCUUCAACCGGCUUACCGAGCUUCCGGUCGGGUUGUUCGAUGAGCUACUGCAGCUGGUGGAGUUGUACCUGCAGGGCAAUCGCUUAACACAGUUGCCGACCGACUUCUUUCGUCGGCUUGCUCCUUCCGUUGCGUUGGUUCGAUUAACUGACAAUCCGUGGCAGUGCAGCUGCUCGAUGGUCCAAUGGCGUCAAGCCAUCACCAAUCGCAUGAAGAUUUCCAACGUUUCAGCAACAGGAGGUAGCACCGGCAGCUCGUACAUCUACAGCAAUAAACUAACGCCACGCUGUAGCGAACCGUUGCACAAGAUCCAGAACCGUGGUGUCUACUAUGUUAUUCGCAAAAAUCUUGUCUGCCAUACCGAGGACAGUAAGUACGCCAAGAUGGCGCUCCGUAUCAGUGAGCUGAACCGUCGUAAGCAGCUUAUGUUGCUGGAGAAGCGUGCAGCCGCCCAACGCACCUUACAGCAUCACUCACAUGACAUCGUACAGCAACCGAAACCUUCCUUUACCAAUCCGAUCCCGCAUAGUCCGCUAGCCAGCCGUGAGUUAGACUCGACAAAAGAGCACCCUUAUCAGCGGCCAGUCGCGCUAGUCCCCAAAUCCAUGCUCUUCGAACAGAAGCGUCGGCGAUUGCAACAGAAACUCCGUGACAAACAGGCUAAACCCGAGGCACGUGAUACACAAGACCAGGCGCUGCCACAACAUCGUGUUAGUAGCAAUGACCUAGAGUACUAAUUUCCGCGGACGCACGACGAGAACGUUAGUAGUAUCUGCUAUAUGUACUACUACUGUGAAUCAGCAGUCUAUCAAUAAACGUUUGUUUUAAGUUCGCCCGA